AGCAGCAGACCUCCCUCCAAGUGAAAAGUUUUCUCAGGUGCUCAAACUUUUUUUUAGAUAUUUUUGUGUGUGAAGCUCAGCAGUCACAUUUUUAUAGCUGUAGUUUGGUGGAAUUGUCUUUUGGGGUUAUUAGUUGCUUCAUUCGGUGUUACAUAACACUAUUGUUCAUCUCAGCUGUUGUGUUGUACGGAGAAAACUUUUUUAAGAAAACCACAGCAAAAUCCGUUUGUUUACCUGGAAACCUCUAACGGGUCUGUAGAUGGUCCCCGUGCCUCACUUUGAAGAACCCCCACCCCGCCUCUCUAUCUCUGAGUCUUAAAAGAACAGCAGUAUUUGUCCUCUUCAGAAGAGGUGAGCUUUGUCUUGUCCGACUGUAAAGACUCGUUUGAUCGGCGCUUUUAAAAGGUGGAGUGUGAAACUGCUGAAAAGAAGCCAACCGCAGGUGUGUCGGAUGAAAGAACAGGAACCGACUUGGUGAAGCACGGAAAAAAAGUUUUUUGUGAUGGAGUGGCGUGAACAGUCCUCUGUCAGCUGCGAUGAAGCCUACGUGGAGGCACAGAGAUGGAUUGAGGCAGUAACCAAGAAAAAAUUUGGGAGCAACGACUUCCGAUCAGCGCUGGAGAAUGGCGUGCUGUUGUGUGAUCUGAUCAACAAGAUCAAGCCAGGUAUCAUUAAAAGAGUUAACAGGCUGCCAACACCUAUUGCUGGACUGGACAAUCUUAACGUCUUCCUCAAGGCCUGUGGGAAGCUGGGACUAAAGGAAGCACAGCUCUUUCACCCGGGAGAUCUUCAAGACUUGUCUACAAGAGUUACAGUCAAGCAUCAAGAGACCAACAGGAGGCUGAAAAAUGUUUUAAUCACUGUUUAUUGGCUUGGUAGAAGAGCUCAAUGUGACCGUUUCUAUGAUGGACCUUACCUGAGUUUCAAGGCAUUUGAGGGAUUAUUGGGCACAGCACUCUACAAGGCUCUGCAGGAAUCUUCGAGUCAGACAAGCAGCAACGUCAGAGACAGCGGUUUUGGAGAUAGUUGGUACCCAGAGCGAGAGGAGCUCUACCAUCGUAGAGGAGGAGGAGGCGGCAGCACACACAGAAGAGACGACUCCUUGGACAGCUUAGACUCCUUAGGCUCCCGACCCCACAGCAUCUCAUCUGACAUCACUCUAAAAGGCAACAGCGAGGGUUGUUGUAGCGACACAGAGGCAGAUUCAGUCUUCAGGAUGGCUGAGAACAAGGACACUUUUGGUUACCGCCGGACUGCUGUCAUCACACCUAAAUCCAGCACGCCGUUUAACCAGUUUCUGCCCACUAAAGACAAGCAGUCAGGCUACGUGCCUGCUCCAUUAAGGAAGAAACGGGCUGAACGUAAUGAAGACAACCGGCGCAGCUGGGCCAGCAUCAGUAGCGUAGAGGAUGAAGGCACACUCAACAGACAACACCAGACAGAAGAGAGUAUCGAUGGGAGUAAAUCAACAAGCGAUAUCCAGAUAGACGCUGCAGUUAUGAGGCAGAUUCGCUAUGAAGAGCUCCAAAAGCAUCGGGAACAGAUCAAGGAGAGUGAAGAUAAGUGGCAGGAUGACCUGACCAAAUGGAAGAACCGUCGCAGGAGUGUGAAUUCUGAUAUAGUGAAGAAGAAAGAGGAAAGGGAGAAGAUAGAACAAAUUACAUACAGUGGCAACAGGAGGUCCAAAACCUUCAAGGAGAUGCAAGAAGAGAGAGAAAAUAAAGGAAGGAACAGCAUCGGCAGUCGUCUUGGAUCUCUGUCUUUCCUGGAUGACGACGACGACGUAUUUGAUAAAGCUGCCAUUUCUUCGCGUUCCCGAACCCUCCCUACCAGAAGCUACACUAUUGACACUCCACUCUAUUCCUCUGAAUCACCUGAGCCCUCUCUGAAAACAGAACCCCCAGCAGCUUCUUUAUCUACUAUUCGGGCUCCUUCCCCUCCCACUUUACAGGAAGACAAAAUUGUAGACAGCAUCUCCAGCACCACCAGUACCACAGCUACCGACACUCCUACCACCACUCCAGCCAGCCACAGCUCCGAUAGCAGCUCCAACUCUCCAGAACCCAGACCUUUACAGAGGAGUCAAGCUGUAGAUUACACCAGCACGACCGAGAAAGAGGAGGCCACAGACGGCGUCUCUUCUUCCAGCUCUCUACAUAAGGUGCCAGAGCCUAGACACCCAUUGUUGGGCACACAAACUGAAGUGGAGGCCACCUCCUCUGGUUCUCUGAACAAACAACAACCGCAGUACAGCUCAAUGGAACCCAAGCCUCUUGGGGUGUCUCGGGUUUCUGCCUCCCUCCCCAGAAACUACCAGAGAUCGGAUAGCGCACGUCUGACCUCAGUUAUCGCGCCAAGGCCCUUUGGGACCCAGCCCUCCAGCAUCACCUCUCUUCCCAGAGCCUACACAAUGGAUUACUCCCAAAAACGGGUCAAUGGCAAUGCUGAUGUUUCUAAGAAGACAUCGGUGCCAAGCCGGUAUCACCCAUUCAUGACAUCCGAGGAUGAAGCUCACUCAAGCUCGGCACACAGUAGUGACGAAGAGGACGAGGAGGAGGCGGAGGAGCAGACCACAACAAAGAAAGCCACUUCUACUCAGAGCAUCUCAUCUGUUCUUCCUCAUGUGGAGAAGGAAACUCUUGUCAGUCCCGCUCUAGCCAAAGAAACAAGCCAGGAGAACUUCUGUGAGAUGCGGAUUAGCCUAAACCAGAAGCCCAACAGCAGCAGAGACUUUGGCUUCCAGACAACCUGGGAUUCAACAGGAGCUCAUGUCACAUCCAUCCAGCCAGGUAGCCCAGCGGAGAUGUGCCAGCUUCAGGUGGGGGAUGAAGUGCUGACUGUAAACCGACACCAGGUGGCAGAAAUGAGCUACACAGAGUGGAAGUCUCACCUGGAAGAGGCCUUGCAGGAAGGCAGUUUGGUCAUGGAUAUACGCCGUCAUGGCCAGAACAACUGGGACAGAGAUCAACCUUCCCUGCCAUAUAAAAGCCAUAAGACCAUCAAUCUGACCAGUACGGAUCAUCUGGUGCUUCUAGGUUCCCCUGAGGCAAACAAUAUCAGCUCCAACCUGGAAUUCACUUCAAACAUUUCCAAAGAACCGCUACCAACCAAAGAGGCCCCUGCACAUCCCCUCAGUGACGUUGCUUCAAACGGAGUUAAUGGGGCUUUCAGAGAGAAACCGGUGACCAUGAGGAACAAAGAGUCAGAACCAAUAUCUUUGAAAAACUUAAAACGGAGAUCAGAGUUUUUUGAACAAGGAGGAUCAGAAUCUGCAAUGCCAGAUAUUCCCGUUCCUGCUAUCAAUCCUUCCAGUCGCUGGUCUUGGGACACAGAAGAAGAGCGAAGACGACAAGAGAAAUGGCAAAAGGAACAAGAGCGCCUCCUACAGGAGAAAUACAAACGUGAUCAAGAAAAGCUGCAGGAGGAGUGGCUCAAGGCUCAGCAGGAACUGGCCUCAAAUGUGGGCCAAGGAGAGCCUGGGAGUCUAGAAGUGAACAGCCACAGCAUCAGCCCAUACUCUCCCCUAUCUUCUUCCCAACAGCCCACACCUCCUCUGUGGGAAGAGGAAGAGAGAAAGAGGAAGGAGGAGUUGGAGCGCCAAAGGCAGGAGGAGGAGAGGAGGAAAAGAGAAGUGGAAGAGCGAGAGCUGCAAUGUCUGCGGGAGGAGAGGAAGAGGAGAGAGAUGCAGGAGGAGGAGGAGAGGAAAAGGAGAGAGAUGCAGGAGGAGGAGGCGCGGCGGAAGAGAGAGAUACAGGAGGAGGAGGCCAGGAGGAGGAAAGAGAUGCAGGAGGAGGAGGAAAGGAAGAGAAAGGAGGAAGAGGAGGAGAGGAAAAGAAGGGAGGAGGAGGAGGAGAGAUGGCAAAGGAGAAGAGAGGAGGAGAGGGAGGAGGAGAGGAGACGACAAGAGGCUGUAGAGCAGCAGCUCAGAGAGAGAGCCUCCGAGCAGCAGCAGUGGACUGGUGGCUUCCAUGGCUUUGCUACUGUCAAGCCUUCUCUGUUCUUUACAGACAGGACAAAAUCCAAGUCAACUCCUCAGCUUGACGAAGACAACGAAUCUCAGACGAGAGGUGCACAUAUGCAGCCAAAGGGCAAAACCCCGUGGCUGCUGGAAGAGCAGCUAAGGAUCGCACGUGAACAACGGGCCCAGAUUAAAAGGCCUUCGUCGGAGUUGCAGCUGAAACAGAAAAACAGCCUCAAUGUCAUGAUAUACAGAGAAGAAGAGAUAGAGACAGGAAGCGGAAUAGCUGAGAAGAGAGGUCAGCAGUCAGUGUCGCAGUCUGAAGUGGACCGUCAGCAGAUUCUGAAUGAGAUGAAGAAGAAGACUCCGCUGCUAACAGACAGCAGCUGGAUCCGUCAGCGCUCCUCCAGCACUGCCACCAACAAGGAAAGUGACAUGCCACCCAUGCGCAGAGGUGAGUCUCUUGACAACUUGGACUCCUCCUACAACUCUCGGCGCUUCUCAUGGACACCCAGAAGUGGCUCUGUUGUCCCAAACUAUUCACGACCCCCGUCUAGCCUCUCUAGCAGCACUUCCUUUUUCGUCAGUGGGUCAGGGGCUCAGCGGCCUAUCUCCUCCACUUUACCUUCAUCAUAUUCCAUGGGCUCCCUUCGAGGUGGGGCAGGAACCCACUCGUCCAUUUGGUCCCGACAGUCACAUUCACCUUCCCUAUCUUCUUCAUCACCCACCACUUCUCCAGAGCCCCCACCUGAGCUGCGGAGCAGGUCAGUGAGUGGCAAGAAAAUCUGUACGUUCUGUGACACCCCGCUAGGAAAAGGAGCGGCCAUGAUCAUCGAGUCCCUCGGGCUCUGUUAUCAUUUGGGCUGUUUUAAGUGUAUUGACUGCAAGUCCAGCCUCGGAGGAUCAGAAGCCGGAGCCGAAGUCAGAAUACGAAACAAACAGCUCUAUUGUAACUCUUGCUACAUGCGAUUCAAAACUGCCCAGCCAACAGUUAUGUGAUGUGACUGUGCUCCAGCAGAUUGAUGAGGAGACCACUUGUGACAACAACCCAUGAACUUUAAAGUUAAGAUUGAAGCCAUUGCAAAUUACAGGGACGCUUGGUUUGAACUCACUUCAGGAACCCCAGGUCACUCCCUGGUGAGGAUCAUAUUUGUUUUCUCUGUGUGUGAUUUAAGAGGGUAAGAUUUCAAAGAAGUCAUCUACUUGUAUGUUUAUAUUGUAUUAAAUACUACAGCUGUAAAAUUGUGUAAGGGGUUUGCAUGCACAAGAAUUUUUAAAUGUUUUGACAACGAAACUAGUCAAGCAAGAAAUUGUCUGCAAGAUGUUCUUCUGACCUUAACUUAGAUUUUAGAGCUAUUAAGAGACAACCCUGCAGUAUCAUACUUCUUUUUGCUGAGUUUUGUGGUAUUAAUGUGUUUCAAAGAGUGUAUUCUUUUCAUGUAUGUGCCUUUGCAUUUGUAACAGGGGGAGGUAAUUACAAUAGUUAAAACUUUCUGUAACAUAUUUAAAAAGAAAACAUUUGCUUUGGCAGCACUUCCUAUGUUAAGACUAUACAUUAUACUGAAUGAAAUUGAAGCAAAGAGUAACGUUGUAAAUAAAUCACUAAAUGCUU